AGGGACAGGAUCAACAUGGCCUCCUCACCGCGGACGGUGCUGAUCUCGGGCUGUUCCUCCGGCCUCGGCCUGGAGCUCGCCGUGCAGCUGGCUCGGGACCCAAGGCAGCGCUACCAGGUGGUGGCCACUAUGAGGGACCUGGGAAAAAAGGAGGCACUGGAGACAGCUGCAGGGGCGACCCUGGGGAAGACCCUCACGGUGGCCCAGCUGGACGUGUGCGACGAUACAUCUGUGGCUCAGUGCCUGGGCCACAUCAAGGGCGGGGACGUGGAUGUGCUGGUGAAUAAUGCCGGCAUGGGCCUGGUGGGGCCUCUGGAGGGACUCAGCAUCGCCACCAUGCAGAGCGUCUUUGACACCAACUUCUUCGGGGCUGUGCGUCUUGUCAAAGCUGUGCUUCCAGGCAUGAAGAGGAGGAGACAGGGCCACAUCGUGGUGGUCAGCAGUGUCAUGGGACUGCAAGGCGUCAUGUUCAACGAUGUCUAUGCAGCCUCCAAGUUUGCCCUGGAGGGGUUCUUCGAGAGCCUGGCCAUCCAGUUGGUUCAGUUCAACAUCUUCAUCUCCCUGGUGGAGCCAGGCCCUGUGGCCACUGACUUCGAAGGGAAGCUCCUGGCUCAGGUGUCCACAGCUGAGUUCCCAGGCACCGACCCUGACACCUUGGGCUACUUCCGUGACCUCUACCUUCCCGCCUCCUCCCAGCUCUUCCGCUCCGUGGGACAGAGCCCAAGAGACGUGGCCCAGGCCAUCGUCAAAAUCAUCGGCGCCGCUAGGCCGCCCCUGCGCAAACAGACCAACGCCCGCUACGUGCCCCUGACGGCGCUCAAAGCCCUGGACCCCUCCGGCCGCCUGUACGUGCACACCGCCCACCGCCUGCUCUUCCGCUGGCCUCGUCUGCUGCACUUCAGCCUUCGCUGCCUGGCCUGUGGCUGCCUCCCAAGCCAGGUGCAGCCACAGUGACCAGAGCCUGGCUGGAUCCUCCCCGGCAGAGAACAGCCUGGGGACGGAACCCAGGGCCUUCACUGGGAGCCACAU